AGCCCUUUUGGCUCAAGUAGUUUUGGCUGAUACCUGCAGGGCUGACUUCGGCUCGGCGUGGCCGACAGGGGCCCGCCCGAGCAACCCGCGGCGGCCAUGUUCGCCUGCUGCCACGACCCGGCCCCCGCCAAGGUCGAGGAGGCCGCCCCGGCAUCCGCGGAGGAGGCGCCCAAGGAGGAGGAGGAGCAGGCCACGACCGCCUCGGACCCCGAGGAGGCGCCCGCGGCCGCCGCGGCCGAGGAGCCCGCGCCAGAGGAGCAGGCGGCCGCGCCCGUCGCGGCGGCCGCGCCCGUCGCCACGCCCGCGCAGCACGCCCUCGUCGUCCGGGUUGUUCAGGCGUGGGGCCUCGGCAACGACGACGAGACGCGACAGCCGUACGUGCGGGUCCGGCUCCUCGAUGCCCGCGGCGAGGAGAAGCAGGUGAAGGAGACCGCGCCCAUCACAGACGGCGGCGCGAAUCCACACUGGAACGAGUACCUCAAGUUCGAGGGCAUCGAGGAUCCGGCUCUGUGCUCGGUGUGCCUCGAGCUCCGCGACAAGAGCGACACGAAGGACGAGCCCGCCGACGGCAUCGCGACGACCAAGCUCGGGGUCCUCGAGGCCGUGUCUGGCUUCCAGCAGUUCAGGGACACCAUCUCGGCCGGCUGGUUCUCCAACGUCGACCUCAGGUUCGGCAUGAACAACUUCGGGACUUGGGGCAACGGUGCUCGGGCGUCGAACAAACUGUCGCUCAACAUCAUGGGCGCUAGCGGAAUGGAAGACACGGACACUGGCAUGGGAGGCCUCUUCGCGGACAAGAACGACCCGUACGUCUACAUCGAGUUGGUCGACGAAGACGACGACGUCAUCGGGGAACCCCAGAAGACCAAGGUCAUCGAUGAGGGCGGCCAGCAGGCCGACUGGAACGAGACCUUCGAGUUCGGAGACCUCCUGCUCCCCUCGGCCUACAAGCUCAGGCUCUCCGUCUGGGACCGGGACACGCUGAAGCGCGACGACGCCCUCGGCAAGACGGAGUUCGCUCUGGGCCGGUGCCUGCGCGUGGCCGAGCCGAUGCAGUUCGAGGAGGCGCUGGACGUCGGCGGCGCGAGGCUGAAGUUCCGCGUCGGCACCGGCGGCGCCUGGGGCGCCCUCGCCGCGGAGGCGCUGGCGGAGCAGCCCGCCGCGGAGUGGGCCGGGCCGCCGGCCCCGCCCCCGGGGCACUGCAUGAGGUGCCGCGUCGUGGGCGCCACGGGGCUCGCCUCGGGGAGCAAGGGGGGCGGCGGAGAGGCCGACCCCGUCUGCAGGCUCACCCUGAGGGACGAGUGGGGGAGGACGCUGAAGACCGUGACGACCAGGGGGAGGCAGGCCAGGGCCAAGGCCAGGGCGAGGCCGGAGGCCAGGGCCGGGGCCAAGGCUGGGGCCAAGGCCGCCGCGGGGGGCCCGACGCCGGACGUGGAGUGGGACGAGGUGUUCACGUUCGUGGGCGUCUCGAAUCCAUGCCUGUGCACCCUCUCGGUCAACGUCCUGGACGCAGGGGGCGACUGUAGCAAGCGUCUUGGCGAGACCACUCUGCCCCUUGGGAUGCUCGCCGCCAAGCCUGGCCUGCAAGACUUCGAACCGCACAUCGCCGGGUACUUCUGGUCGUCGGAGGUGAAGCUGCAGAUCGACAACAUGGGCACGUGGGGCAACGGCAUGCCGGAGGAGAACAAGCUCCACAUGAUGAUCCGGGGUGCCACCGGCCUCCCGACCCGCGUGGGCACGCUCGUCAGGAGCAAGCCCGACCCCUACAUCUACGUGGACCUGAAGGGUCCCGACGGGGCCGUGCUGCAGUCGAAGCAGACGGAGCCCAAGACUGACGCAGGCCCCGACCCCCAGUGGGACGAGGAGCUCGUCUUCGAGAACAUUCCGAACCCAGCGGCCUGCUCACUGUACAUCACCUGUUGGGACAGGAACGGCGCCUCCAAGGACCAGCUGCUGGGCCACACCGAGGUGCCCUGCGGCGUGCUGGGCUGCUCCUCGGAGUACACCGCGUUCGACGGCACGACGCUGGGAGGCACCUGUAAGCUCAACUUCUCCAUGCACACUGGCGGCACGUGGGGCAACAAGGAGCCGGGGCCGGUGCCCGAGGAGGUGGCGGCUGGGGGCGAGAAGGCGUGCUGCUCGCUGAUGUGAGGUGCCGUGCCCUGGCCUGUGCCUCUCGUCGGCUCCUCCUCCGCUCUGCCCGACGUGCAGCGGCAGCGGCAACGGCCGGCAGGCCGGCUCUUCCCCUUUCUCCCGCCCUUCAGCCCGUCAGCUUUCUUCUUACUCCAGGCACCGAGUCGGCCUCGUACAGUCAAAAAGCCUAAUAAGGACGCGCGACUGUGCUCAGGGUACCCUUGCGUCCUUGCUCCUCCUUGCUCUUGCGUCUUUGAGGUUUUC